AUGGAAGUUUUGCAGAACAUGUCUUUGAUAAAGAUUAAAGAGAAUAAUAGAGUGUGGAUGCACGACCAACUCAGAGACCUUGGAAGAGAAAUAGUUCGUCAAGAAAGUAUGACGAAAAUAGAGGAGCGAAGUAGGGUGUGGGAUCCCAAGAAAGCAUUGGAUUUGUUGAGGAGCUGUAAGGAUGUGGUUAUUCUCGAUCUAUCAGAGAGUAAAAUUACGCACGAUUGGAAGGGGUGGAGCCACAUGAAGGUGAUGAAGAAUUUGAAAGUUAUGAAUAUGAAGAAAUGCGAUUGCUUGGAGAGAACCCCCGACUUCUCUGCUCAUUCAAAAUUAGAACGUUUGAUCCUACCGUCUUGUGGCAAAUUAGUUGAAAUUGACAAGUCGGUUUGUCAAUUGAAAAACUUAGUUUUCUUAGAUGUAACAUGGUGUAGGAAUCUUCGAAGGUUGCCGGACGAGAUGGGUAGAGAUCUUGCAAGUCUCAAAUACCUAUCUAUGAGCCAGUGCCGUUUGUUGGAGGGGCUUCCGAAUACAAUCGGAAAUUUGAAAUCAUUGAAUGAGUUGGAUAUAAGUGGAACGGGGAUUAAGGAACUCCCCGAUACGCUCUGGACGAUUGAGAAGCUCGAAGUAAUAAAAGCUGAAUUUGUGCUUCGUCUUGAUAUGGAAAUCGACAAUCGCAUCUAUAGAAAUCGAUCCCUGAGGAUCUUGGAAUUGUUUUGUAAGAGAAUACGCAAGGUACCAAGGCUUCCCAAAAGUCUUACCAUUCUAAAGUUGUCUAAAUUGUACACGAAGACAUUUUUAGAUCUCUCAAACCUGACUAAUUUAAAAGAAUUAUACCUGGACUUCGGGCCAUGUGAUUCUGAUGGGGAAUCCGAUGGGCCUGUGGAAGAGAGUCCGAUGCCAUUGCGGACUGGGAAUUUAAGCAAACUAGAGUCUUUAGACUUGCGGUCUCCAUACGUGACCGCCUUACCAACAGAUAUUAGAAGUCUCCUUCCCCAACUCAAGUUUCUUCAACUCUGUUGCCCUAAGUUGCGUUGCUUCCCGAGCCUUCCCUCCAGUUUGUUAUCCUUGCGUUUAUCAUCUGGAUGCACGACCGCCUUACCCAUGGAUAUGAGUAGUCUCCUUCCUCGACUCAAGAAACUUGAACUCCGGUGCCCUAAUCUGCGUUGCCUCCCGAGCCUUCCCUCCAGUUUAUCAGAAUUGAGUUUGUACGAUUGCAAGUCGGGUUGUUCCAUGGAGGAUCUAUCGAAUUUGAAGACACUAUCAUUUCUUCGCAUCAAUGACUGUGCUAUCUCAGAGAUUCGAGGCCUUGAUCGUUUGGAGAACCUACGAUCAUUGUGGCUUUGGGAACUUCAACAGGUGCAGAUAUCACUCGAUCUAAGUAAUCUCAAUAAACUACGGUAUCUUGUAUUCAAAUGUGGAAAGCUGGCUGAGAUUCAAGUCGAACUCCCUCCAUCUUUGGACAGAUUGGAUAUUGAUUUUUGUGGAUCUUUACAAAAGUUGCCUAAUUUGUCAAACUUGAAGGGACUGCAAAAGGUUCAAAUAAUGAGUUGUGGGAAGUUAAAUGUGGAGGAUCUAUUGAAUCUGAAGACACUAUCAUGUCUUUAUAUCUCUGACUGUGCUAUCUCAGAGAUUCGAGGCCUUGAUCGUUUGGAGAACCUACGAUCAUUGUUGCUUUGGGAACUUCAACAGGUGGAGAUAUUACCCGAUCUAAGUAAUCUCAACAAACUAGAGUAUCUUGAUGUAUACCUUUGUGGUAAUCUGGUUGAGAUUCAAGGCGAACUCCCACCAUCUUUGGAAAGAUUGGAGAUUAAAGAAUGUGGAUCUUUACAAAAGUUGCCUGAUUUGUCAAGCUUGAAGGGACUGCGAGAAGUUAAAAUAGAUUAUUGCAGGAAAUUAAAUGUGAAGGCAAUUUCUUCACUUUGCUCGGAGAAGGGGGUCAAAUUUAAGGGAGACAAGAUGAAUUAG